UUCCUUUGUUUCUUCCCACCCAAAAUGCCACCGUUGGGCGUUCUCUUGCUGCUGGUGGCGUUGGGCCACAGCACUCAAGGGCAUCGACCGUUGCCGAUCAGAAAAGCGCACAAGUUUGACUGGUGGGAGAGGGGUAAUUUCUAUCAAAUCUAUCCACGAUCGUUCAAGGAUUCGGAUGGUGACGGGAUCGGUGAUCUUAAAGGUAUAACGCAAACGAUCGAUUAUUUGAAAACGAUCGGCAUCGAUGGCGUUUGGCUGUCGCCCAUCUUCAAAUCGCCGAUGAACGAUUUCGGCUACGACAUUUCCGACUUUUACGCCAUCCAGGAGGAGUACGGUACGAUGGAAGACUUCGAGGAGCUGGCGGCCAAGUGUGCCUCGAUCGGGCUGAAGCUAAUACUGGACUUUGUGCCGAACCAUUCGAGCGACGAGCACGAACACUUCCGGCUGUCGGAGGAGGGCGUAGAACCGUACAAGGAUUACUACAUCUGGCAUUCGGGCGUGCUGGACGCGAACGGUACGCGCCACCCACCGUCCAACUGGAUCAGCGUGUUCCGGGGCAGCGCCUGGCAGUGGAGCGACAAGCGGCAGCAGUACUACCUGCACCAGUUCCAGAAGAAGCAGCCGGACCUGAACUACCGCAAUCCGGCCCUGGUCGAGGAGAUGAAGAACGUGAUGCGCUUCUGGCUGAACAAGGGCAUCGCCGGGUUCCGGAUCGAUGCGCUGCCGUACCUGUUCGAGAGCGAGGAUUUGGAUGGGCACUACCGGGACGAACCACUGUCCGGGCAGGCGUCGGACGAUCCGGACAAUCCGGCCUACCUUACGCACACGGAAACGAAGGAUCAGCCGGAAACGUACGACAUGGUGCACCAGUGGCGGCUGGUGGUGGAUGAGUACACGGCCCGGGAUAACUUUACGCGCAUCAUACUGACCGAGGCGUACACGGCGGUGCAGAACAUGACUCGGUUCUAUGGUACGCCGGCCGCUCCCGGGGCCCAGAUUCCGUUCAACUUUCAGCUCAUCACGCUGCUGACGGCGAACAGUACGGGGCGCGACUUUGUCAACGCCGUCCAGAGCUGGACGAGGGCGAUGCCGUCCGGUGCGAUCGCUAACUGGGUGCUGGGCAAUCACGACAACAGUCGCAUCGCGUCACGGCUUGGCGUUGCCCGGGCCGACCUGUACAACAUUGCGCUGCAAACGCUGCCGGGGAUAGCGGUGACGUACUACGGGGAGGAGAUCGCCAUGGUCGAUCAGUGGAUCUCGUGGAACGAUACGAUCGAUCCGGCCGCUUGCAAUGCGGAUCCGGCAACGUACGAGCUGUACUCGCGCGACCCGGUACGCACGCCGUUCCAGUGGAGCAACGGCACGAAUGCGGGCUUCUCGAACGCGUCCCGCACGUGGCUGCCGGUGGCCGACGGGUAUCGGGAGUUGAAUGUGGCCGCUCAGCUGGCGGCACCGCGCAGUCAUUUGAAAACGUUCAUGCAGCUGACUGCGUACCGGAAGCGGAGACUGUUGGCGGAGGGUAACUUUGUACUGCGCACCGUCGGCAGCGACCUGGUGAUGUACAAGCGCAGCGUGCCGGGAGUCGGCUAUGUGCUGGUGGCGCUAAACUUUGGCCCAGAACCGGCCACAUUACCGGUGGCGUCGCAAUUUCCGGGCACGGGCGAACAUUGGCUGAAGGUGAUCGCCAGCUCGCUGCAGGCGCAGCCCCAGGCCGGCACGUGGAUCAAUACGCGGCUGUACAAGCUAGCGCCGGACUCGGGCAUCGUGCUGGAGCGUCUCACUGGGCGGAAUGAUUUAAUCGCUUAAGCCGGAGAAGCAUUGUGUGUAGUGAUGGGUAGAAUAGAAACGUAGCUAGAUGUCA